UGCCAUCAUCUGCGCAUGAAAACAGAGGAGCUUUUUGCACACAAGGCUCCACUAAAAAUAUCUAUGUAAUUUUGCAGACAACGUUUCCACUCUAAAUCCUGUGCUUGCAUUACAAUUUGUUCACUUUUUCAAAGAGGUUUUAAACUGGCAAUCCAGAAUUUAAUUUCUUAAAUUUAGACAAGUAUUAGUAUAUUUAUUUAUAAAGAAGACAAAUGUCAGAAUCCAGUGACGAGUACGGUGUGGGAUUUAUUUCUCCAAGAAAAAUUACUUUUGGCCCAAAAUUGGGAGAGGGUUCGUUCGGUGAGGUGUUUAAGGGAGAAUGGAAACGGUAUCAAAAUGGGGCUCCGUAUUAUACGGACAUCGCCAUUAAAAUUGUCCGUGAUCAAACCCUCAUCGACAAUGCUUGGGAUGAAGCUCACAAAAUGAAUGAGUUGGACCACCAAAAUAUUUUGAUGAUCUAUGGCGUUUGUAAUCACCCCGAUGAUGCUGCCCCUUGGAUGAUUAUGGAAUAUAUGCCGUGCGGUGAUUUGUGGAAUUAUUUAUAUAAUAGGCCACAAGGUUGCCCUUCCGACUGGAUGUGGUCCAUUGCUCAAGGCAUUGCCUCCGGGAUGGAUUAUCUUCACAAUGAUGCUAAUCAAAUUCAUGGCGAUCUUGCGGCCCGAAACUGUCUUCUUGGCCAUAAUGACUCCGUCAAGAUUGGGGACUUUGGUAAAUUUAAUGACAAUUAUUCCAACGACUAUUGUUAUGGCGCAGGAGGGGGGGGAAAUUUACCCUUCCCGAUGCGCUGGAUGCCCCCUGAAAAUGUUGCGCCUGCUUUUACAUAUCCUUACAAACCAAAGUUCAGUAAGGCCGGUGAUGUCUGGGCGUAUGGCGUCGUGCUCUUUGAGAUCUGGACGAGGGCAACCACCCCAUACGACGAUCUGACGGAUGACCAGGUCCGUGCUACGCUCGCUGCGGGGAACAAUCCUUACCAUUUUACGAAUGUGCUGGCCUGCAACUUCAUCAGAGGUCUUAUGGAUCACUGCUGGACACGAAAUGUCAACGAUCGAACAGAUUUUGCAGAAAUUGUGGAAAGAUUUGGAAAUUAGGAUUUCGUUAUAUAUAUAUUUGAUCUGCAUACAUACGUAUAUGUAUGUAUGAGAAUAAGAGACUAAUUUGAUAUCAUUUUUGCAUUUGAGUUACUUUUCAUUUUUAAGAUAAUAAUUAAAAUUCAAUUUUUACUGUAAAUAUGUAAAUAUGUAUUAUGUAAAAUCUGGUGAAUUACUAGCUGUUCAGAGAAAUUUAUGAUUUUGUGACGACGUUGAAAACAUUCAUAAUAUUUAAAUGUGUAUUCUUAUGUCAUAUGUAUGUAUGUAUGUAAGUAUGUAAGCUUUAAGAAGAGAGUGGGUACUUAUGGCUUCAAUCAAUGUGUACGAAAAAAAAUAAUUUGAAACAUGUUUCGAUCAACAUUACUAAUUACAUUACUAACAAAUUUAUUAAUUAAUUAAACAAAUCCAUUAAAAUCUAUUAUUUCAGUAUUAAGAAUUAAUUAAAGUUUUAGCAACAAUCGAUAACAAUGAAGCAUAACAUUUUUAUCAUUUUGUGAUUUUCACCCAAAAUUUUAAAGUAUUCACAACUAUUCUAACCAAUAAAUAAUUAUGCAUCUAUCUAACUGAAUGGAUCUUCGCCAAUAAAUGCCUCAAAGCUUUCUUCCUCACU